AUGCCUCCCAAGAAAGCUACCACCACCGCCGCUGCCUCCAAGAAGGCUGCUGCCGGCUCCAGCCAUGGCUCCUACCGCGAUAUGAUCAAGGACGCCAUCGUCAACUUGAAAGAACGCAACGGUAGCAGCCGUCAGCAGAUCAAGAAAUACGUGCAGGCCAACAACAAGGUCACCGUCGCGUCGCAGGCCGCGUUCGACUCCCAGUUCAACAAGGCCAUCAAGGCUGGUGUUGAGAAGGGUGAAUUCAGCCAACCCAAGGGACCUUCCGGCCCUGUGAAGCUGGCCAAGAAGGAGGCUGCUGCCCCUAAGCCUGCUGCCAAGAAGCCCGCUGCUGCCACCAAGACUGCUGCUGCAAAGAAGGCUACCACCACUACCAAGAAGCCUGCUGCUAAGACUGCCGCUGCAAAAAAGGCCACCGCUGCCACCACCAAGAAGACUGCUGCUAAGCCCAAGGCCAACACGGCCAAGCCUCGCAAGACCUCGACAGCCGCUCCUGCCAUUGUCCACCAACCCAAGGUUGAGACUGUCACCAAGUCUGGUCGCGUCACAAAGACAGCCGCUAAGCCGACUCCCAAGAAGGCGGCCGCGCCAAAGAAGAAGGCUACUCCCAAGAAGGCGUAA